AUUUUUAUCAAGUGUGGUUUUACGAGGGCCUCUCAUUCUCAUACUUCAUCCCUAACCUCUGUCUCUACUCUUACUCCUAAAUCCGAAUUCUGCAUUUCUCUCUCUAAAAUCCCGCUUGAAAUUUAUUUUCUGAAAUAGCACACAAACACAUGAAUCUUCAGUCCUGCUGCUGCUCCUCCCCUUUGCUCCCCCUCCACCCACCCAGGCAACACGCCGCCGCCCCCCACUUUUGCUUCCUCUUUCCCGCCAAGACCAAGCACCACUUCAAUUUUGCUUCCCCCAUUUCCAGACAGACCGCUGCCGCCUCCAACGCCAACAGUCGGGUGUCCUCCUCGCCGGAGGAAGGGAGCAAGCUGGCGUCGGAGCUUCUCCACGAUGAGCUGCUGGCCCGUGUUUCUGCCGCCGCGGACGCCGCCGAGGUCCUGCGUUUAAUUUCGGAGGACCGACGCAGCGGCGGCGUUGUCUCUGCUUCGGACUGCCGGUUGAUUAUUUCUGCCGCGCUUGAUCGUGGCAAUGCUGACUUGACUCUCUCCGUGUUCUCCGCCAUGCGCUCUAGCUUCGGUUCGGGCACAGGUUGGGUGGAGAAUGCUACUUCAGUAGAGAGAUGGAAGUGGUCAAGGCCAGAUGUGAAUACUUAUAUGUUGUUAGUGAAGGGCCUUGCAGCAUCACUAAGGGUUUCAGAUGCCCUUAGAAUGGUUGACUGUGUUUGCCGAGUGGGAGUGUCUCCUGGCGAAGAGGUUCCUUUCGGUAAGGUGGUGAGAUGCCCCACUUGUAUGAUAGCCGUUGCUGUCGCUCAACCACAGCAAGGCAUUCAGGUUGUAUCCUGCUCAAAGUGCCGUUAUCAGUAUGAACUAGUUUCAGGGAACAUCCUCACCAUGGAAUCUGAAGAAAUUGGCAUGGAUGUCCCUGCAUGGAAACGCGGGCUACAGUUCUUGCAAAUUAUGAAACAAAAUAUUCCAGCUGCAGUUCACUCCAUUGUGGUGGAGACCCCUUCUGGCUUAGCAAGAACUCACAGGUUUGCCACUGAAACGGUUGAUCUUCCUGCUCAGGAAGGAGAAAGAGUUACUGUUGCCAUAGCAGCUCCAUUAAGUGUUUACAGAGAGGUUGGUCCUAUAAAGCUGAGUCCACGAGCUCCAAAUUUCUACCCUGGGGAGCCCAUGUGCCUGACAAAUCAUAAAGAUGGUAGAGAAUCGCGAUUAUUAAGAGCCCCCCAAAAAGAUGCUGCCAAUUCCAUACUGAGUCCAUCUAUUUUAUUCCCCAUUCUUGCGGUCUUUGCCACUGGUGAUGCAGCCUCUGGCAUGCUCGAUCCUAGCUUGCCUCAGUUCAUUGCAGCUGCUGCAUUUUCUUCGCUGGCUGUGGGUGUAACUUUUAGCAGUCUGGUUCUUCCUCAGCUUAACAAGCUUCCACAAAGACUAGUGGAUGUAACAUCCAUAAGGCAGCAGCUAUUAUCUCAGUAUGACGUACUCCAGUCUCGCAUCAAGGAAUUGAAGAAGGCUGCUGAAAAUGAGGUCUGGAUGCUUGCUCGCAUGUGCCAGUUGGAGAACAAAAUUUAUGCUGUUGGAGAACCUUCUUAUCGUGCUAGAAGAAAUAGAGUCAAAAGGGUGCGUGAAGGCUUGGAGAGUUCCCUCGAGACUCGGAUUGAACUGAUUGAAAGCUAUGCCAGAAUCUCUUCAAUGAUUGAAAUUGAGGUAGAACUGGACGUGGACGUUGUUGCUGCAGAAGCAAUCAGCAAUGUGGAAAAUAUUGCUCAGCAGAUAGAGCAAAUCAUGGAAAUUGAGAAUCUUGAAGAGAAAUGGAGACUGCAAGCUGAGGCAAAUGAUGAAGCUGAGAGACUUCUUAGUUCUGAGCCAGUUCCUGCCGACCAGAUUUCAGACAGGUAGUCGCUGAAGAACAUGGGGGUGUGAGCAUCACAUCCAUUUCGUACAGAUUCGCCAACGAGGUUAGAUCACUCACUCUAAGCAAUCCAAGUUAUUGCAUCUUGUGCAAGAGAGGAGGUUGGCUUGUUCUAAUUGCUAAAGUGUGUCAAUUAUGAUUUUCGCCUCAUAUUAAUGUGAGAAAAUAUGCUCCAUUAAUCUACAGAGGAUACGUGCUGUUACAGCAUGUGUAGGUUGAAGGAAAUGGAGAGCGACACACAUAAUGUGUUCAACUCUUCUGAUUGAGGGAUAGAAUAUUUUCGACUUAUUUUUCUUGGGAAUUAAUCUCUAUCUCUACAUUGUAAAACUGGAUAAAUGUAAAUGAAAAUGUAUUUAUCCUUCAAAUCAUACCAUUCUGUGCUCACUGUAUUGUAGAAACCAUUUUGGAGUAUGAUCUUUGAUAAUGUAUAUCUAGAUAUUACUUGUA